UUCCGCUCCAUGCUCCUUCUCUCUCGACAAGAUGGCCACACCGGCAGGACCGGCGAGUGUUCCUUCGCCCACGCCGGCCCCGGCUGCGGCCCCAGCCUCAGCCCCAGACCCGGCCCCAGCCUCGGCUCCAGCGCUGGCUCCAGCUCCAGCUCCACCGCCGGCUCCAGCGCCAGCCGCAUCCCCAGAUCCCGUGGCAGCGGCGGCUGCGACCGCGACUCCGGGCCAGACCCCGGCCUCCGCGCCCGCCCCGGCGCAGACCUCGGCGCAGGCGCUGGCUGGUCCCGCUCUGCCAGGCCCCUUCCCCGGCGGCCGCGUGGUCCGGCUGCACCCGGUCAUUUUGGCCUCCAUCGUGGACAGCUACGAGCGACGCAACGAGGGUGCUGCCCGAGUUAUCGGGACGCUGCUGGGGACCGUUGACAAGCACUCAGUGGAAGUCACCAAUUGCUUCUCAGUGCCGCACAAUGAGUCAGAAGAUGAGGUGGCUGUUGACAUGGAGUUUGCUAAGAACAUGUAUGAAUUGCACAAGAAAGUCUCUCCAAAUGAGCUCAUCCUGGGCUGGUAUGCUACAGGCCACGACAUCACAGAGCACUCUGUGCUGAUCCACGAGUACUACAGCCGGGAAGCCCCCAACCCCAUCCACCUCACUGUGGACACGAGCCUCCAGAACGGCCGCAUGAGCAUCAAGGCCUAUGUCAGCACUCUAAUGGGCGUCCCUGGGAGGACCAUGGGGGUGAUGUUCACACCUCUUACAGUGAAAUACGCGUAUUACGACACUGAGCGCAUCGGAGUUGACCUGAUCAUGAAGACCUGUUUUAGUUCCAACCGGGUGAUUGGACUCUCGAGUGACUUGCAGCAGGUAGCAGGGUCCUCGGCUCGCAUCCAGGAUGCCCUCAGCACAGUGUUGCAGUACGCGGAAGAUGUACUGUCUGGAAAGGUGUCAGCUGACAAUACUGUGGGCCGCUUUUUGAUGAGUCUGGUUAACCAAGUACCCAAGAUAGUUCCUGAGGACUUCGAGACCAUGCUCAACAGUAACAUCAAUGACCUGCUGAUGGUGACCUACCUGGCCAAUCUCACACAGUCACAGAUCGCCCUCAAUGAGAAGCUCGUAAACCUGUGAAUGGGCCUGCGCAGCACUCCUGCCACCCUGGCCCAGCUCGGACUCAGAAAUGGCUUCUUGUGGUUUGAGUCACAUUGAGUGAGUCAGCUGCUUGUAACCCUAAAUAAACAUGGCCUAUCUUUUGUAAGUGAA